UCACACUUGUGGCAGUUGGAUCAGCAGCCAAAGUCACAUAUGGAACAGCAACACCAGCAGAGAAGCAUGAGGCGACGCUGCGCUCUGAAACAUGGAAUAUUUAAGGAAUUCCUGGCAGAAUUCCUGGGCACUUUCGUCUUGGUCUUGUUCGGCUGCGGAUCGGUGGCUCAAACCGUCCUGAGUCGGAACAGUCUGGGCGAGCCGCUCACUGUCCACAUCGGCUUCUCUGUGGGACUCAUGAUGGCUGCGUACGUGUCCGGCGGAGUCUCUGGGGGUCACGUGAACCCUGCGGUGUCUCUGGCCAUGGUGAUUCUGGGAAAACUGAAGAUCUGGAAGUUUCCCUUCUAUGUCAUCGCUCAGUUCCUUGGAGCUUUUGCAGGAGCUGCUGCAGUCUUUGGGUUGUACUACGAUGCCUUCAUGGACUUCACCAGUGGCAUAUUUUCGGUGACGGGAAUCAACGCCACUGGCCACAUCUUUGCCUCCUACCCCGCGCGACACCUGUCCAUCCUCGGCGGCUUCAUUGACCAGGUGGUUGGGACUGGCAUGUUGGUCUUGUGCAUCCUGGCCAUCAUCGACGGAGGAAACAUCGGCGCCCCCAAAGGAGUGGAGCCGCUGGCCAUCGGCCUGAUCAUCAUGGCCAUCGGCGUGUCCAUGGGCUUGAACUGUGGCUACCCCCUCAACCCCGCCAGAGACCUGGGACCCCGGCUGUUCACAGCUGUGGCCGGGUGGGGCAUGGAUGUCUUCAGCACCGCUGACUACUGGUGGUGGAUCCCCGUGGCCGGACCCAUGGUGGGCGGGGUGGUGGCAGCGGUGCUGUACUACCUACUCAUCGAGCUGCACCACCACCACGAGGAACCAGACAAGACCCCUGAGGAGGAGGAGGAAGAGGAGGAUGAGGAGGAUGACGACAACAGUCUGAAGGAUAAGUACGAGAUGAUCACCAUGAGUUAAAGUGUCAGAUGUUCUGAUCCCGUGGACUCUCGGCUUCCGUUUGUUUGGACUUUCUUUUUGGUUUUCAUGUCACUGUUUCUUUCUUCUUCUCACUCAAGGAGAAGCUGUGAUGUCACUGCUAGACAACAGAACGUAGAAGUCACCACACACAGUAAAACAUGGUGCUUGAAGCAUGAAUUCACUGAUAAUCGAUUCGGACACACCUCAGUCCUGUGUGUCACAGUGACAGGAGUAACUGUAAAUACUGUAUGAUACUAGAGGAAGACUCUCUUGCCUGCACGACGCCUCUCCAGCUACGACCUGUUUUGUUACGUGGUGGUGAUUUUUGUCUUUCGAUUGGUACCUUCUACGUGUGGAUAAUAAAACGUUUCUACA